AUGUCGUUUAACCCCGAUAACGACAUCCCAGAUCUCUCCGGCAAAGUCAUCAUCGUCACAGGCGCAAGCAGUGGACUCGGCAAAGAAAGUGCCCUUCAGCUCGCAAAACACAACCCCGCCACCAUCUUUGUCACAGCCAGAACAGAAAAGCGUGGCAACGCCGCCAUCAAGGAGAUACAGGAUGCCGUGCCUAACUUCAAGGGUCAGAUCAAGUUUCUAGAGUUGGAUCUGUCCUCUUUUGCGUCCAUUCGAAAAGGCGCCACGGCCUUUCUCAACCAAUCUGAUAGACUCGACAUCUUGAUGAAUAAUGCUGGGUUGAUGGCCAUACCUGCCGGUCUAACAACAGACGGGUAUGAGGUUCAGUUUGGUUCCAAUUAUAUGGGCCCAGCUUUGUUCACCAAGCUACUUCUCCCGACUAUCGUUCAAACGGCUCAACAACAAGGCGAUGCUCGAGUUGUUAACUUGAGCUCCGAACUCUUCAAACAGGCGCCAAAGGAAGGUGUACUUCUUUCUCGCGUCAAAACCCCCCUCGAAGACAUUUCCAGCUUGGCUCGUUACGGCCAAUCCAAACUCGCUGAUUACUACCAUACCCGUUCCUUGAGCAAGUACUAUCCAAGUGUUAAAUUUGUCGCGAUUCACCCAGGAGUUGUCAACACGGGCCUAUUUGACGACUUGCGAAAACGACGACCUUGGCUCGGUGGUUUGAUCGGUGUGAUGGGGUCUAUAUUCCUCACAGAUGUUCAUGCUGGUGCCAAGGCUCAAUUGUGGGCUAGUACGGCCAAGUCAGAGAGUGUCAGGAGCGGUGGCUUUUAUAAUCAGAAGCUUAAGGAGUAUACGGAUGCAGUUUUGGAUGAUGAAAAAGCUGUUGAAGAGCUGUGGGACUGGACGGUGAAGGAGUUUGCAAGCAAGGGUUUUAAAUGA